AUGAACACGACAAAUAUUAACAGGACUUCAAAAAAAAAUUCAACUUCGAAAAACGAAAAGUCAAAAUCUAGUAAAAAAAAGAGUAAAGAAAUUGGAUCUUCUGUAGCAAAUGGUAACCCCACCGAAUUAGCUUCAAAGAAUAGCAAGCAUGAAAUAACUGCGAACAGCCUCGAUAAUAAUUCUAUUGUCGUUGAAAAAAGUUUUAAAAAAAAAAAGGUGAAAGAUAAGGAUGAAAAAAAUACUGUUAGUAGUCGUUCCAAAUCUAAACGAAAAGAAUAUGAAGACAAGCAAAAUGAUGAGAAUGAUGAUAAUGCUCUAAUAGCAUUCAAUGGAAAAUUACCAAAAACGAAGAAACAAAAAGUUGAUAACGAUGCUUUGAAAUCUGGAAUAAAUGAUAAUAUUGUUACAAAUAAUAUGGAGACAAUCUCUAUUGAAAGCGAAACUGAAAAAAUAAAUGGAACCCCAGAUCAUUUAAAACUUUCUUCGUAUAGAAUUACGAAAACAACUGCUGAUUCAUUAAAAAAACGUGGAAUUGAAUCAUUGUUUCCCAUACAAGCCGCUACUUUCGAUUUUAUUUAUGAUGGAAAAGAUAUUCUGGCUAGAGCUAAGACUGGAACUGGUAAAACACUAGCUUUUGCAUUACCCAUAACAGAAGUCCUUUUAAAAUUGCAUGAAGAAGGCAGCCUCAAAAAUGUUCAUCGUGGCCGUGCUCCAAAAGUCAUUAUUAUGACUCCUACGCGCGACCUUGCUAAACAAGUUUCAACAGAAUUCGAAUCAAUAGCACCAAACUUAAAAGUUUUAUGCAUUUAUGGUGGUGUUGCCUAUGAUCCUCAAACUCAAGGUUUGCGUAAUGGUAUUGAUGUUCUCGUUGGUACACCGGGUAGAAUUUUGGAUCAUAUUGAUCAUGGCAAUUUAAAAUUGGGUGAUUUGAAGUUCAUUUGUUUGGAUGAAGCCGAUCAAAUGUUAGAUAUUGGCUUUGCAGAUUCUAUGGAAGCGGUAUUGCAACAUGUAAAACAGCAUAAAGCAAAUCAAAAUAAAGGCAUUGACUAUCAAAUACUCUUAUUUUCGGCGACGGUUCCAGAUUGGGUAAAAAAUACCGUCAAAAAAUAUUUGAGGGCUGAUUAUGUUAAUGUGGAUUUGACUAGAAAUACAGAUACAAAAACCAAUGAAAACAUUCGCCAUAUUGCUAUCCGUUCUACGUGGAGAUCAAGAAAAGAUAUCAUUGGUGAUGUUGUAACAUGUUAUGCUGGUUCAGGUUCAUGUGUAAUCUUUUGCAAUACCAAGAAUGAUGUAAAUGAACUUGUGCUUAAUGAUAAACUCAAGCAAGAUGCGCAAGUAUUACAUGGUGAUAUUGUGCAAACGCAACGAGAAAUCACAAUGAAAGCCUUUCGAGAAGGAAAAUUUAAAUGUAUUAUCUGUACUGACGUUUUAGCCAGAGGAAUUGAUAUUCCACAACCACCAAAAGAUAUUGAUAGUUAUGUGCAUCGAGCUGGUAGGACAGCAAGAGCAGGACGACAAGGAAUUGCUUUAACGUUCUUUAAAGCACAAGAAGAAUCCCGUAUUUUGAAUAUUCAACGGUGUAUUGGUGUUACUUUUCAAAUUGUAGGUCCGCCUCAACCGCAAGAUAUUAUUGCUGCUACAGCGAAUGAUGCUGUAAAAAAUCUAGAAGCUGUUGAAAGCAACGUAUUACCUUAUUUUUACUCAACAGCCAAAGAAUUGAUAGAAUCUCAAGGUGCUAUAAGUGCUUUAAGUGCGGCAUUAGCUUAUAUGAGCGGAUAUUCUGGUGGAAUCAAGAAAAGAUCAUUAAUGUCUGCUGAUGAGGGGUAUACCACAUUACUAUUUCGGUUUACAUAUCCAAUUCGGCACGCUAGUUACGUUCGAAGUAUUUUUAAAAAACAUUAUACAGAUUUACCAGAGGAUGCAGUUAAAAGAUUUAAUAUGACCAAAGACAUGCAAGGUGUUGUGUGUGAUAUUUCAUCACAAUAUUUGGAAAUUGAUGAAAAUGGGCAUUUAAUUUUAGGAGGAAGGCAGUGGUAUGAUACCGCAACUACUACAUUAGAAGUUGCUAAAGAAUUACCAGAACUAUUACAAAAUAACAUGAGCUCUGAAAGAAAUGGUGAAUAUAGUAAUGGAUAUGGUAGCAAUGGAUAUGGUAGCAAUGGGUAUGGUAACAAUGGGUAUGGUAACAAUGGGUAUGGUAACAAUGGGUAUAGAAAUGGAUAUGGCAACAGCAAUAAUAAUAGUGAUAAGUGGAAAUCUUUUAAUCGCAAUGUUAAUGGAAAAUCUAAUGGAUAUAAUAGGAAUCGUGGUAUUGGUGGAAC